AGUCAAAGUUAGUAGAACCAUUUUCUUAUCAGAGUUACUUAGCAGGAGUUUCCAACCUUGUACAAAAGAUAAACAUCUAGGCAAGAAGCAUAAAAAAUAUAAAUAAAUAACAACGAAACAAAACACAAUGUGUGCACUCUAAAUGCUUCUGUAAUUCAGCCACUUUUCAAAAGAAUAGUUGUGUUUGAGAGACUAACUCGCAAUCAUGCUGAUUCUGGUGAUAGUCAGUGUUUUGGUUAAUUUAUGCGCAGCUGACACCCCCUGGGGAGAAAGUCUGCUGAGAAACAAUAGAGCUAUUUGCGGCACAGAGCUCUUCGCUUGCCAUGAGAAAUGCAUACAGAAAGCUUUUGUCUGUGACACAAUCAACGAUUGUUCCGGAGGCUUUGACGAACAAAACUGCCCGACUGACUGUUCCGGCCCGAACCAGUUCAAAUGUGCGAACUCCCAGUGCGUUCCUCAGAACUACAGGUGCGAUACUCAGAACGACUGUGGCGACAACUCGGACGAGGCCAACUGUGGCGGUACAUGUGCAUCGGGCUAUCAAAAGUGUGAGAGCGGGUACUGUGUGGUGGACGCCUGGAUGUGCGAUGGUUAUGACGACUGUGGGGACGGCACAGACGAGAGAAUCUGUACUGGGCUCACCUGCAACGUAUUCCAGUACACUUGCGCCAACGGGAAAUGUAUUCCAAAAACAUAUAAGUGCGAUUUCGAAGACGACUGCGGCGACAAAAGCGAUGAAGUCGGGUGCACCUGCGACAGCAAUCACUUCCAGUGCCCUAAAGGGGGCUGCAUCCCCGGGGAGUACAAGUGUGACGGGGAGAACGACUGCGGCGACAUGGCGGACGAGAACGACUGCCCGACCAUCCACCCCGGCGUGUGCAUCGACAUGAUGACCUUCGAGGACUGCCUGCGGAUGAAUACCAGCACGUUUCCGAUCUGUUUUGAACAAGUGGAUGCCCACAAGUACUGUAGGAAGUUCUGCGGCUUGUGCACCUCCUAGAUACCUGCGCAACGAAAAAAUUACUUUUGCACACCCCUAAUUUUCAUUGCGUUUAUUGCACUAACAUUAUUGUGCAGCUUUGUUUCCUUGAUUGCAGACGAUAUCAAUAAACACUCCCAAAUAUCUACUUCUAAAGUAAAAAAUGAAUCCAUGAUUGAAUUUACUUGCUUGCGUCUUCGUGUUUAUUAAUAAACAAGUUUCUACCCACCGGCAA